AUGGAUCUUCCUUUGGGCUAUCAUCGUAAGGGGGAGCCUGCUUCUUUGGCUGUGAAGUUAGUUUGUAAACUUCAUAAGUCCAUUUAUGGUCUUAAACAAGCCUCUCGUCAGUGGUAUUCAAAAUUUUCUCAAGUCCUUCUCCAGUUUGGUUUUACACAAUCCAAAGCAGAUUAUUCAUUGUUUACUAAGGGCUCUGGAUCCACUUUUGUUGCAUUACUUGUGUAUGUUGAUGACAUCAUUCUUACAGGUCCUUCUCUUACGGUCCUAGACUUUUUAAAGAAGUUUCUUCAUAGUCAAUUCAAGCUCAAGGACUUAGGGUCUUUAAAAUAUUUUCUGGGGCUUGAAAUUGCUAGGUCUUCUCAUGGGAUUGUUCUGUCUCAACGUCAAUAUACGCUACAACUUCUAGAGGACACUGGUUUUCUGGCUUGUAAUCCAGCUCCGGUUCCAAUGAAUCCUCGGGUGCAAUUGUCAGCCACUUCCGGCGAUGUGUUGUCUGAUGUUUCUCAAUAUUGUCGUCUUAUUGGACGUUUGUUGUACCUUAAUCUUUCAAGGCCGGACAUUACAUUUGCUGUACAUAAGUUGAGCCAGUUUCUUGCUCAACCACGGUCAUCUCACCUUCAAGCAGCCCAUUAUCGUCUUUGUUAUCUCAAGUCUUCGCCUGGUCAGGGACUAUUUUUCUCCUCGUCUUCUGCUUUACAGCUCAGGGCUUUUUUUGAUGCCGACUGGGGGUCUUGUCCUGAUUCCCGAAGGUCUGUUAUAGGCUAUUGUGUGUUCUUAGGUGAUUCCUUGGUCUCUUGGAAAGCAAAACGGCAGACUACUGUUUCUCGGUCUUCUGCCGAAGCAGAAUAUCGUGCCAUGGCUGCCACAACAAGUGAACUAGUGUGGUUGCAGCAAUUGUUAAGGGAUUUCGGUGUUGCUAGUUCUUCUCAUGUGUUGCUUUUUUGUGACAAUCAAGCUGCCAUGCACAUUGCUUCUAACCCACCUUUCAUGAACGAACCAAACACAUCGAAAUUGAUUGUCAUUUCGUUCGUGAUAAGGUUACUUAUGGUAUUCUUAAGCUCAUGCCAGUUCGAUCUCAUCUUCAGCUUGCUGAUAUUUUUACCAAGCCUUUACCGUCUGUUCCUUUACAAUCUCAUCACUCCAAGAUGGCUGUGA